UUUCAGAGAAAUUGGUGAAAUUUUUUGAAAAAAUAAAUUUAAUUUUAAGAAUUAUUGAUAUUAAAUUUUAUAGAUAUGUAAAUUUUUUUUUAAAAUGUGAUAUUCAAAUUUGUUAAUGGAGCAGGGAUUUUUGCGCUUAAAAGAGGUUCUUAAAAUGAAAAAAGUGUAAUUUCGGUGUUUUUUUUUAUAAACUUUCCGAAACAUUAUUUUCAAUUUCUUCAUAUUGUUUUGUAAUGAAGUUGAUAUUUAAAUUAAUAUGUAUAUCAGUAGGCUUGUAUAAUAUUGGUUAAAAAAUGACAAAUUUUAUUUAAACAAAAGUGUCCUACUUAAUAUGUGUGCAUUUAUCCUUAUAACUUAAAAAAUCAAAAAACUGAAUGCAAAGUUUUAAAAAUUUUCAACACAAUCAUUAAAAUUUUAAAUAUGAGUAAACCAAGAAGUAGAUCAAAAUCAAAGGACCGAUUCAAAACCAAGGAUGGUGCAAAUACUAAAUCCACAAAUCCCUUCUAUAGAGAUCCAUGUAUUGAAUAUCGAAAAGACCGAAAUUAUCACAAUAGAAAUAUUGAAAGAAGCGAUAGACCACCUUGGACUUUUGAUAAACACAGAAGAUUUGCGGAUUUUACCAAUUCACCUCCAAAACAUCAUUUUCAAAACUUCUAUUCAACUGGGCAAAACAAUUAUACAAAUUCAAAUAAUUCUAAAUUUAAGAACAAAAAUUACAACAAAUCACAUUAUUAUGCAAAUAAAAAGAAUAAAUGCCGUAAAACCAGAUGGGAUAGCCCUCAUGAAUCUAGAAUAACUGAGAAUACCCCUACAGAUAAAAACAGUAAUUCAACAUCUCUAAACAAUAAUUCAUCGUCAAGUAGUACAAUUAAUUAUACAAAAAAUAAUUUUGAAAAUGAACCAUCUAUAGUCCAUGGAAAUCAACCAAAUUCUAUCAAUAAUUCAAAUCCAACAUCCAGUUUAGAUAAGGUUUUCGAUAAAAGGGAUAAAAAUUCAGAAAUUAAUAAAAAUUGCAUUGUUAAAAAUAAUAAUAAUCGAAACAACAACUCAAAUGCGGUUAAUACAAACCUGGAUUCUGAAAAUCUUAAAGUAACUUCAACUACAGAUAUUUCUGAACCGCAUAUUGGAGAAUUGUCUAACAAAGAAAUAAAUUCUCAUUAUAAAUCAAAUUUUACAAGAAAUUUUCAAAAUAGCGGAUAUAACAAAUAUUCGAAAAAUAAAUAUAGAAACAAUGAUAAAAAGACUGAAAAAUCUCAAACUGCUAGUUGUUCUUUUAAUCAAGACAAAAAUAAACUUAAAGGAAAUCAGAAUUCCGUUAAUGAAACCGAAUUAGAAAAUAAAGACACAAAUUCUAACAAAAAAACUAUUGAAACUGAAAAUUGUAAUGAGAAAACAGUUCAACUCAAAAAAAAUUUAAAAAUUUUGAAUAUUUCUAGAUCAAAAAAUUUAAAAAUAGUAAAACCUAAAUUAGUUCCUCGAAAAAAAAAUUCAUGCUCGACUUUACAAAAAAAGAAAUGGAUUAACUCAAAAGUUUUCCCCUCCAAUAAAAAUCAAGUUGAAAAUGGUAAAACUGAUCAAAAUUCAAAAGAAACACAAAAUCACAUAAAUUCCAUAUUGAAAGAUUUUAUUACUGAUGAACCGAUAGUUAGUGAAUCAUCCGAACCGAAUGCCAAUAAUAUUACAACAGAAAAAGCACCUAAAAUAUUUUUAGUACCAUUAAAUAAUUUACUAAAGGAAAGUAUACUUUCGGAAAUUAAUUCAGGUAAUCUAUUUCCAGAUAAUAUUUUAGAUAGUGCCAAGCAAGAUCUAACAGAAAAAUUAGUAAAUAAAGUAGCUAAAAUGGAUAAAAUUGGCAUUAAAAAUAUUAUCAAUAAUCCAGCAACAAAAUUUGAUGAAGCUCUUAAACAAAAAGCUAGACAACAUUUACGUGAAGAAAUUCGAAAAGAACUACGUGCUUUGCAAUAUGAACAAAAUAAUGUUGAUAGUCGAAAUAUACUCGAUCAAACAUUUGAAUCAAACCCGUUAUAUAAUCACGAAGCAAUUUCACAAGCUGUCUUAGAACAAAUUAGACGUAAAUUUGGUAUAGAUUUUCUUCUCGAAGCAACCUCAAAUGAAUCUCAUGCAAACAAUAAUUUUCUCGAAACAGCCUUAAUCAAUUCCACAACAAAUCUAAAUAUGGAUAAAGAAUCAGAUUUAGUCAAUAACAACAGUAAUAUAAAAAGUACUAGGGACAUUAGUUUUGUCGCUGACAGUACAUCUAAUUUAAAUACUAAUGAAGAAAUAAUACCAUUUAUUACACCAAUCAAUGAAGACUUAAACACGAUAAAUAGUUGCGAAUCCUCAGUUAAUACCGAGAUUGUAAGUACAAAUACAUCACCGAACACACAAAGAAGAAAUUCAUUUAAAGCUAAUAAUUCAUCAUUAUCUGAAUCAUCAGAUUUAAAUAUAAAUUUCAGCGAAAAUACUUUAGAAUCUGCAAAAUUAGAAUCAAAAAAUUGUUCUCGAAUUAAUGAGCAACCAAUUAUUAUGAAAAAAGAAUUUAUAAAAUUGUCACCUAAAAGUAUGGAAGAAAAAUUAAAAUUAUUACCAGAUCGGCCAUCAACAAGUAAAAUUACACAUAGAAAUAAAGUGAAAAGUUCACCAUUAAAAAAACCUUCUAAAAUUGGUUUUAAAGAAAAUGAAAUCCUAAUUAUUGAUUCAAGUUCAAGCUCAUCUAACGAUGAUUCCAGUUCUAGUGAAUCAAGUUCAGAGUCUGAUUCAAAUUCAAGUUCUAAUUCAAGUAGUUCUAAUUCUGAACGCAAUAAAAAAAUCACAAAUCGAAAGAAGCCUCAUAAAAAACGGCUUGAAGCUGCUGUAAUUAACCGUUUUAGAAGACUAGUAUUACCAAAUUUAAGUAAAUAUUUGCAAAAGAAAUUCGAAGAAAGAUACUCUAAGUCAUCUAAUAAUUCAACUAUUAAUUUUAUCUACGAUAUCUGUUUAAGUAAAAUAUUUAAAAAUAGCUCUUUAACACAAAGCGCAAAAAAAAUUUUAAAAACAAAUUUGAAAUCAUUAAAACAGCAAGAGUUUUUACAGUUCUUAUUUGAUAAUAUGAAAGAUUUAUUUCUUUUAUCGAGUCAAGAUAAACACACUAAUGAAGUUUUAGGUUCACCCUCUUCCAAAUUUAUGGAGAAUUUUAGUGCUUCAAAAAUUAUUCCAGAAAUCAAUACCGAGACAAGUAAUAUAGUUGCAUCAGAAACUAAUCAAUUAGAAAGUACAUCUCUCUCAAUAUGUGAUAACGAUAAAAAUGAUAAUGAUAGUGUUAAUAAUUCAAAAGACUUUUGCAUACCGCAAAAAGAUUCUCCAAAUAAGCCAACAAUUCAAUUUGAUAAAAAGUCAUUAAAUUUGAUUGCAAAUGAAUUAAAGAAUUUCUCUGAACAAAUAAAAGUUUUAAUGACAGAGAAGCAGAUAAAUUCACAAUCAUCAGAAAAUUUACCCUUGAGUUCUUCAAAUGUUGAUGAAAUGAAAGAAAAAAAUUCAUCAUCAGCAUCUUGUGAAAAUUUAGUUCACAUUGAAGAAAAAAGCGAAAAUGAAUUUUCAACAUUAAAUUCUAAUAGGAUUUCUUCAAUAAAAAAUAAUUCAAUGAUAGAAAAUCAAACAUCAAACAAUUUUGAUGAUAGCAACACUGCUACAACUCUUGGAAAUUUUAAUUUAACUAUUUGCAAUAACGUUAAAGAAAAUCAAGAUAAUACCAUUGAUGAUAAUGGAAUUAAUAACGAAAAUAACAACAUAGAAGAAGCAUUUUCUAAUGAAAAUGUAGAUAAAGCGAAAAUAUCAAACUCAGUUAACGCGACGUCAACAAAAAUCUCAAUAAAACAGGAAAACUGCGGUAAUAGAAAUGAUAGUGUGCUUCAAAAAGAAGACGAUUUAUUAAAUGAAAAUAAAGAACAUGGCAACAAUGAACAAAUUAUAAAAAAAUAUGAUGAAAAAGAACUUUCAUCAACUAAAAAUGAGGAUAAUUUAGACAAUAGAGCUGAAAAUUCUGAAAAUAAUUCUAACCAUCUUCGAGAAAAUCAUGAAAAUAAUUUCGGUGAUGAAUGUGAGAAAAACGAAUAUCAAAAAGUUACAAAGGAUUUAUUAAUCGCAACAUCAUCACCAUUACAACACUUUAUGGAAUUAUCUGAACCUGAAAAUGAUUCAACAAAAUAUAAUAAUGAUCAAAACAUUCCUUCAGAUAAUGAAUUACAGAGAAAAAACGAUUAUAUUUCAUCAAGGUUAUGGAAAUCGCCAGGUGAAAAAAAAUGUAUUGAAUUUUCAUCAGAAGAGACUACGGAUAAUGCAUUAACGCCAGAAAUUAAAAAUGACAAAAACGAAAAUAUCAAAGAUAGCAAAUCUAACUCCAAUAAAAAUUCCGAAACACCUGAUACUUCAACUACAACAACUUCAUUAGAUUUUACAAACUCCAAUAAUUUAAGAGAAAAUUCAAAAAAUCCUUCUCUUGUGUGUACAAAUGAAACUGAAUCUGUUGCAGAAAAUACAUUUGAAGAAACAGUCGUAAAUAAUCUUAAAGAAAUUGAUUUGAAACUGCUAGAAUUACAUAAACGCAAAAUGUUCGUUGAAGAAAUGAUUUUGAAAUUACAAAAGGAUAAAAUGGAAAUUGAUUUUGCUAGUAUGCAAUUGCAAAAUGAAAAAUUUUUAAUUAUGAAUGCUACUGUAACCAAAAGUAAUAUAUGCAACUCACAAAAAAAUCCACUUUUAACAUUUCAAACGUAUUUAAAUUCAACAAAUAAUAUGAUGAAUGAGCCACUAUCCGCAUCUGAUUAUAUUUCAAAUAUGUUCGCAAACAAUCAAAAAUCAAUUCCAGUUACUCCAACAACUAAACGAAAACGGCCAGAUUCUCAGUCAAGUUCAACAUCUGGGUCUUCUCCUACAAAAAAAAUGUGUACUAGGAGAAGACUUUCUAUUUCUGGUGAUAAUGAUGGUAGUGAAACUGACGAGAAUUCUAAAAAGGCAAGCACUAGUAAUACCAUAAAGGGUACCCAUUCCGAAACAUACAAAAGUCCAGAGCGAAAUGAAAAACAUAAAGUUAAAUCAAAAAGUGAAACGUCUACAACAAAAAAAAAAUCAACCGUGAAAGAAAAACAGUCUGACAAUAAAGGUACAAAUAAGUCUAAAAAGAACAACACUUCUAUUGAAACUAAUAAUUUCAAUGAUGAUGAAGAAGAAAUUGAAUUAUCAAGAGAACUUUUAAAGGAAAGUAAAACUUGCAAAAAUGGACCAUUUUUAGGAACCAAAUUAAUGAUUACUCAAAUAAAAGUGUUCGAAAAAUUUGUUAUUGCAUCAUCACAAGAUGGAAAUAUUUACAAAUACUGUUGGAAAACCAAAGAGUUACUUGGAAAAUUUUCUAAACAUACUGAAAGUGUAACACAAAUACAUAUUGAUAAAAAUAAUUGUGUUUAUUCAAUUUCAUUAGAUGGAUUCAUGAGGAAGACAUCAAUUGAGAAAUUCGGAUUAGAAAUGUUAGCUGUAAAUUUAGAAGAACCUUUACAAUCCAUUGAUGUGGCGUGGCAUACAGUAUUCGUUGGUACUAAAUGGGGAAAUGUUUUCAGCUAUGACCUUUUGGAAAGCAAAAUAUCGGAUCUCUUUGAAUAUUCUGCAAAUAAUACAAUAGUAGGAGUAAUAGCAACUAAAUUGUCAACAAAUCAAAAUUUAAAAAUUCUUAUUGUUACAUCGAAAAGUAACCAAAUUGAAAUUGUUAAUGCCUCAAAUGGUCAUUCAAUAAAAAUAAUUGAAACAUCACAAAAUCCAAAAAUUUUUAGUACACUAUCCAAUGAAGGAAUUUUAUAUUAUUGUUCUACUAAAAAUGAAAUAAAUAAAUUCAAUAUAAAGACUAAUUGUAAAUUAGCAGCCAUAACAUGUGCAACUAAAGAAUCAAUUAUUUUUAUUAAACUUAUAAAAAAGAUUUUGCUUUUUGUUGGGUGCAAUGAUGGUUCAAUUUAUGUUAUUAACAAAAGAACUGGAAAAGAAAUUCACAAGUAUAAGCUAUGUGAAAAUUUAAUUACAGCCAUAGAUUUCUUUGGAGAAAAGGUGAUUUUUGCUUCAAAAGAUAAUAGAAUGGUAAUGGAAGACUUGCCAAGCUGUAUUUCUUCAUACAAACACUACUAAUUGGGCUUAUUAGUGUUAUAUAAUGUACAAAAUGCUUAUUGAACUGUAAAUUGUACUAAUUACUUUAGUUUUACAAUAUAUUCAAAAUAAAAAUUAUGAAAACUUUUUUUUAUAUUAAAAACUGAAUAAAAUUUG